AUGGGGAUUCAGAGACAGCUGUGUUUUCUUGCAAGCCUGGUGCUGGUUAUUCACACCGCACCAAUUUUAAGGCCCACUGAAAAAGAAGUAGCCAUUGCAAGGGAUUACCUGAGAAACUUCUACAAUCUGAAAGAUUUAAUGAGCACUUCCGAUUUUCACCCAGAAGAAGAGAUCAAUCCCCUGUCUGAUAAGCUGAAAGAGAUGCAGAAGUUUUUCAGGCUUAAGGUCACUGGGAAGCUGGACAAAGAAACACUGGAGGUGAUGAAGAAGCCCCGCUGUGGAGUUCCAGAUGUAGCUGCGUACUCCACAUUUGGAGGCAAUCCCAAAUGGAACACCAACAGGCUCACCUACAGAAUCGUGAACUACACCCCUGACAUGUCAAAAACAGAUGUGGAUCAAUCCAUAAGGAAAGCGCUGCAGGUCUGGGCCGAUGUCACUCCUCUGAGAUUCACUCGUAUUAACAAAGGCAUAGCUGACAUCAUGAUCUCCUUUGCUACAGGGGAUCAUGGCGAUGUUCAGUCAUUUGACGGACCACAAGGCAUAUUGGCUCAUGCUUUUGCUCCUUCUCCUGGAAUCGGUGGAGAUGCACAUUUUGAUGAAGAUGAGUUUUUCACCUUGCGCUCAUCAAAAGGACUUGUCCUGUUCUUGGUGGCCGCCCAUGAGUUUGGUCACUCUUUGGGUCUUUCUCAUUCUGACGUUCCUGGCGCUCUGAUGUUUCCCACAUACAGUUAUAUUGAUCCAGAUCGUUUCUCUCUGUCCAAUGAUGACAUCAGAGGGAUUCAGUCCCUUUAUCCGUAAACAUGGAAGGAUGAGAGCUAGUAGGAAAUAAUAA